AAUUCACCAGUUGCCUAAAAACAAUGUAUUGAGCUAUUAGCGUACAUACUUCUUUUCAUAGGCAGCAUCUUGGUUACCAACGUGAUCAUUUUACAUUUUUAAUGAAAAGGUAGCAACGUAAUAGUAGAAAGUCCUCAUGUCCAACACAGGACAUUGGACAAAUGUGUUGUUUUCAGUUUCGGACAGCCAGGAUGUAUUUCACACUUGUAGAGUAUUGUUCCUUCCAGAGAGUAACAAUGCACGGUUGGGCCUCAGGAGGAGAAGCAAGUGGCUACGGUUCCACUUCCGGCCUGCAGAUGGAGUUAUAUAAUAACAAACAAACAAAUAAGCAGCUUAACACAUUUCCAAGGAUACAUUUUUAUCGUCUUUAUCGUUUAUACGUAGGUUGAAUAUGUACUUAUUAUGUAGUAUAAUGUAUAGUAACUCAGCAGUAGUGCUAUGUAAAUAUUUGAAAUGUGUCUAUGAAAAUGAUAUUUAACAUACAAUUUAAUUAAUUGCAUAACUGAAUAAACACUGGCCUUGGCGUGAAAGGACAUGUGCGUCGUUGCAAGUGCGCAUCUUGCUUUGCGCAACUUCCUUCUCCUCCUCCUCAGGUUGCUUGAAGGAAGGAGGCGCGUUCACGCUCCAGGACGCGCCCACCUCCCCUGCUGACGUUUUUAGCAGAACUCUCCGCUUCAUCGAGCAUCCACGGGAAGCAAGGAAGGAAGGAAGAAAGGAAGGAAGGAGGGUUUGCUUUGGUAAACUGCAACAUUAAAAGUCUCGCUGUGAUCGACGACACCAUGGUUCUGCAGAGGCUCUUCCGCGCGGUCAUCAUGGGACCCCCCGGUUCCGGCAAGGGGACGGUGUCUGGGCGGAUCACGAAAACUUUUGGCCUGGAACACAUCUCCAGUGGGGACAUUCUCAGACGCAACAUCAACGCUAAAACGGAGUUGGGACUGCUGAUGAAGGCCAGUAUUGAUCAGGGUCAGCUGGUACCAGACCACGUCAUAUCUCGCCUCAUCCUCAGAGACCUGAAAGCCAUCCCACAAAGCAGCUGGCUGCUUGACGGGUUCCCUCGAACCGUCAACCAGGCAGAAGCUCUGGACGACGCCUACCGCGUGGACACGGUCAUCAACCUCAACGUUCCUUUCCACACCAUCAAAGAGAGACUGACCUCGCGAUGGACUCAUCUGCCCAGUGGCAGAGUGUACAACGUAGACUUCAACCCGCCCAAAGAGCCUGGUCGUGAUGAUGUCACAGGGGAACCUCUGGUCCAGAGGGACGACGACACGCCCGAGACUGUCACGCGGAGGCUGAAGGCCUACGAAACCCAGACGGAGCCCGUCCUAGAGUACUACAGGAGUAAAGGCGUACUGGAGACAUUCUCCGGGACAGAAACCAACAAGAUCUGGCCUCACGUAGAAGCUUUCCUCCACAAAAAGCUCUCCGUGGUCAACAAGGGGGUUGCCUAGCAACACAUGACUGACUCUUUCUCCUGUUAUUAUUCAUAUAAUAUUAUUACGGAUCAUUCAUGUCCGUCAGUCCUGGAUGGGACAAAACAUCUUAUUUUAUUUGAAUGGUUCAUUCAGAUUUAAACACUCCUAAAAGAUAUUCUUAAUUUAAAAACACUUCGAUUGUAGGCUUUUUGCCACCUGGGGACCAUCCCUGAUAUAGGAAGUAUUUUUAACCACUUCCUGAAGGGAAAGUGCAUGGGAUGUUCCAGGAGAGAUACUGUGCCUUUGAAUGUUGUAUGUUUUUAACAUGCCUUACAAUGGAUGUGUGCCUUUUGUUCAUUCUUAACAGAAGUAUGUUAAAAAAACAAAUAAAUGUGAAAAUGAGCUGUUUUUUGGAGUUGUUACCUUCGCCAAGCACAGCGACGAGGUUAUGUUUGUUUUUCUGGGUUCAAAAUAACUUGAAAAGUUCUGAAUGGAUUUGGA